AUGCCUUCUAAAGACGCUUCAUUUUACUCGACUAAAGUAGAAAAAGAGCCAACUGAUCUCCCUCCUCCAUACACACCCUCCGAUACAGCAUCGCAGGCAUCUUCAUCGGCUGGCUGCCAAACAUCAAAUCAGUAUCACCAAGCAUCUUCAUCCUCGUCUGGCGCUAGAGCGUCAUACAACCCACCUCCACCACCUGAUUAUGAUACGAUUCAUGAACAACAUGGCUUCCUUGGAAACAACAACAACGCUAGCAGUAGCCACUCUUUUGAUCGAAAAGGCAAAACACCCAGCUAUAGUCCCAACAAUAUGUCAGCAUUUGGUGUAGAUUUCAGCAAUGGGCCCAUUGGUAGUGUUAUCGGCAUGGCCAACAACCUCGUGGGAUUUGCUACGAAUCAUGCACUGGGUGUAGCAUCCUCAGCUACAGGUGCUGCUCUUGGUACUGCCGGAGCUGCUACUGGCAUGGCUUCUCAAUCUGCUCAUGCGGCUUCUGAUAUGGCAGCCAAUUCUGCUCGUGCUGCCUCCAACUCUGCUUUCUCUGCCAUGGGAUUGGUGGAAGACUUUGUCAAUUCCAGACUGGAUAGGAGAGAUGAACGUAUGAGGGCCAAGAGUUUUCGUAAAGAGCAGAGAUGCGAAAGAAGAGAAAUAAAGAAGGAGGAACGUGAAGCUAAAAAAUGCGAACGAAGAGAAUCGAGACAGGAACGCAAAGCUCAGAGAGGAUGGGGAAGCAGUGAUUGUGGCAGCAAUGGUCACCCGCAGUACGCUUUUUCUUCAUCGUCAUCUUGUUCUUCGCGGUUGUCCAUGCAAGAGUCAAAGAAGCUUAUUAUGAAGGAAUCCAACAAGCCGCUGCAACUUGAUCACAGCUGGUCUGGUGAAGAGUGUUCUUUAGAAACGUCUAAUGGCCAUCUGAAUGUUCGUGGAUCACUUACUGCAUCUGACAAGAUCAGCCUGCAAUCCUCCAAUGCCAAUAUUACAGUCGAAGGUCAAUUGGCAGCAAAGAAUAGCAUCUCUGUAAAGACCAGCAACGGCGUGUUUCUAUUGCAGGGUCCUUCCAUCAGCACAAAGGAACUCAAGAUUGCAACCAGCAAUGCCCCUCUCCAUUACACUAGUUUCAUUGAAGCCAAGCGUAUGGAACUCAAAACCAAGAAUGCGCCUAUUCUUCUUAGCACUGUCAGUGUAGGGUCUGAAAUGUAUGCCAAAACCAUCAAUGCGUCCGUCGAAAUCCACAUCAAUGACAUUGUGAGUGAUUCUGCCAUCAUUGAAAUCGAGUCCACCAAUGCGCCUGUGAAUGUCCAUUUGCCAAGCACAUUUUCUGGAUUCUUCUCAGUCAAGACCAGCUCCAGCGCUGUAGCCACUGUUGUAACCAAGAAUAACGAGAGUUGCGAAUUGAAAUUUGAGACAGAUGAACACAGCAAAAAGGAAGGAAGAUGCAAGAAUUUCGGUAACAAGGCCAACAUCGAGGUAAUCAUCAAGACCUCCAACGCACCUGCAACACUGUUCAUCUAA